UCUAAAAUAGUUGCAUUGGAACGUUUAGUAAAUCAUUUGAAUGAUGAACCAUCAGCAAACAAUUUAAAACAUGUAAAGAAUGUGGUUGACAAUAUGAAGCAUAUAUUUACUAUCAUUGAGGACAUAGAAACAUCACAAUGA